AUGGAAAUGGCAGCGCAGGAACUGCGAAAGUCAAACAACAGAAUUAAAGUGCUAGUCUUGUACGGCAGUCUCCGUCGGAGAUCCUAUUCACGCCUGGUGGCUUUGGAAGCCAGCAGAAUUCUCUUCCGCUUGGGGUGCGAUGUCCGCGUGUUCAAUCCCGAGGGUUUACCGGUAAAGAAUGAUACCGACCACGACCAUCCUAAGGUACAGGAGCUCCGCGAGCUCAGCAAGUGGAGUGACGGGCAUAUUUGGGUAUCGCCUGAACAGCAUGGGAAUCUGACGGCCGCAUUCAAGAAUCAGAUCGACUGGAUCCCGCUGUCCACAGGCAGCGUACGUCCCACGCAGGGCCGGACGCUUGCUAUCGCGCAAGUAUGCGGCGGUUCACAAUCGUUCAAUGCUGUGAAUUCCCUACGUAUUCUCGGCAGGUGGAUGCGCAUGUUUACAAUUCCAAAUCAGUCAUCUAUCCCCAAGGCAUAUACGCAUUUCCCAGAUGAAGGUCAACCGGGGGACCAGAGACUUCUGCCUAGUGGUAACCGCGACCGGCUGGUUGAUUGCAUGGAGGAGUUUGUGAAAUACACUAUCGUCAUGCGACCUCACCUGGAGCUUUUUGGUGAUCGGUUCAGUGAGAGGGAAGAGAAGCGGAUUAAGGAGAUGAAGGAAUGCGCCAACCAAGUUUAG